AUGUUUAACGGUACAGAAGUUCCAAUAAAAUCUAUUGAAGGUUGGGUCAUAUUGGUUACUGGAAUCCACGAAGAAGCCCAGGAGGAGGACGUAAGGGAAGCUUUCGAAAACUACGGAACAGUGACUAAUCUACAUUUGAACCUAGAUCGAAGAACUGGAUACGUUAAAGGUUACGCUUUGUUGGAAUUUAAGAAUAGAAAUGAAGCUGAAAGUGCUAUAACUAAUUUAAACGGAUCACAUCUCCUAGGGAAGCAAAUUUCAGUAUCCUGGGUGUUUAGAGAAACUCCUCAAGUCUAA